AUGUUGAAACGCCUGGGAGAACAAACGCAAUAUAUAAUCGAGUGGAAAAACGAGCGUAAAUGGCAGCGACAUCAGAGUAUUAAUUUGGAAACGAAAUUAAACGAUACACACGCAUUAACGAGUAUAGUGGAGCUAAAAAUCGCCGAAAACAUCGAGGAAGAAGUGAUCAACGAGUGGAGUAAAGAACAA